AUGGAUGUAACAAACCGAACAGCAGUGACAGAGUUUAUUUUUCUAGGAUUUCCAGGCUCCUCCUCACUGCAGCUCUCACUGUUUGUGAUGUUUCUUACUGUGUAUUUGCUGUCUCUCAUGGGAAACACCCUCAUCAUUUUCCUUAUUAUGAUGGAUUCCACACUGCAGAAACCCAUGUACAUUUUCUUAGGAAACCUGUCAUUCCUGGAGAUCUGGUACACUACAGCCACGGUGCCUAAGCUACUGGCCACCUGUGUCACAAAGGUUGUCACUAUUCCUGUUGCAGGUUGUGUUGCUCAGUACUACUUCUUUUUCUCCCUGGGAGCCACCGAGUGCAUCUUGCUGGCAGUUAUGGCUUAUGACCGGCAUGUAGCCGUCUGCCGUCCUCUGCACUACUCACUUCUCAUGAGUGUUCACAUUUGCCUGCGGUUUUCAGCUGGAUCUUGGAUAGGGGGCUUUAUUGCCCCCCUGCUACCCACUAUACUCAUCUCUCAGCUGAAUUUUUGUGGCCCACAGAAAAUCAACCAUUUCUUUUGUGACUCCGACCCCAUCUUUAAACUCUCCUGCUCAGACACAUUCUUGGUGGAGGCCUUGGGUUACACCUGCAGCUCUGUGGUGAUUCUCAGUUCUUUCCUUCUGACAAUGAGCUCCUAUGGCAACAUUGUAGUCACAAUAAUCAAGCUGUCGUCCCGAGAGGCGAGGAAGAAAACAUUCUCAACUUGUGCCUCCCAUCUCACCGUAGUUACCAUCUACUACGGUACCAUCAUCUUUGCCUACGUCCGACCUCCAUCCAAGUACAACUUCACAAUCGGGAAAGUGAUUUCAGUUUUCUAUUGUGUGAUCACACCAUUAGUCAACCCUCUCAUAUAUACCCUGAGAAACAAAGAUGUAAUGAAAGCUUUCCAAAAAAUUCUAGCGCAAAAGAAUUUUCUAUUGAACAAAAACAUGCAUGAGUUUUGA